CGCAAAGCUUAAGCCCCUACUCCACCAAUGGCAACUUCCAGGCUCUUACUAUCACAUCUCCGUCGCUGCACUUGCUCUCCAUCUCACGCGCCGCCGCUCUAUCACCUCCUCCACGCGACACCACAACCACUGCGUGAGCCGUCACAGUCGUCCUACUUCCGGCGCUCGGCGGUGAGCUCUCGAUUCUUCCACUCCGGUUCAGUAGACGACGACUCGCUCACUGAAUCCGUCGCUUACUCGGUGCCGGUGCCGGUCCCGGCGGACAUUGUUAACUUCGGUGAGGGAGUGAUUGGCGGGGGUGAAGAGUUGAUUCUUCCUGUUCGAACUCUGAUUUCGGUGAUUGAUGCUUAUCAUAAUCUCUCCGGCUUGCCUUGGUGGGUAAUUAUAGCUACUUCGACUUUGGCGUUCAGACUUGCGGUGCUUCCUAUAGUUGUUUUGCAACUUAAGAAGAUGCAAAAGAUAGGAGAGUUAUUUCCUAAAUUGCCUCCUCCAUUCCCACCACCUCUGUCAGGAAGGAGUUUCAUUGAUCAAAUUUCACUUUUUCGGAGGGAAAGAAAAGCAAUGGGGUGCCCCUCAUUUCUGUGGUUCUUUGCCUCCUUGUCAAUUCAGGUCCCAUGUUUUCUCUUAGGUGUGACCAGUAUUCGGAGAAUGUCACUGGAUGGUCAUCCAGGGUUUGAUUCUGGUGGGACUUUGUGGUUCCAGGAUUUGACUGAAUUUCCUCAUGGUCUUUUAGGCCCCAUCUUUCCAAUACUGAUAGCUGGUCUCCACUACACUAAUGUUCAGCUUUCUUUUACGAAAUCUUCACUUGGAAAACAAGAAGGUCCACUUGGCUUAUUGGCAAAAUAUUACAAGAUGUAUUUGGAUGUCUUGACGCUGCCUUUAUUUUUUAUCGGCUAUUGUAUUCCUCAGGGUAGUCUGGUUUAUUGGGUUACUAAUAGCACAUUUAGUAUGAUUCAGCAAUUAUCCCUCAAACAUCCUGCUGUUCGCGCAAAGUUGGGGUUACCGGACAAGGAUGCUCCAUCAGCAUUGGAAAAAUCUGAAGAAACGGAUAGUCUUGAAAAACAUUUGGAUUCCCCUGCAAAGCAACGCCUAAUAUCUGUCAAGGACCUAACCCCUAAAGAACUGGUAGCCCUUUCAGUCAAACACUUGUCAAAAGGACAGAAAGAAAGAGCAAUUUCUUUUUUGCAACUGGCGCUUGAUAAGGAUCCUGAUUACAUAAAUGCUUUGAUAGUUAUGGGGCAGACUCAACUGCAGAAAGGACUGCUAGCGGAGGCUGUUGAAUAUUUGGAGCGUGCUAUCUCCAAGCUCUUCGUCUCCGGCCAUCCCACAGAAGUUGAAAAUAUUGAUCUUCUAAUUGUUGCUUCUCAGUGGGCUGGUGUUGCCUAUGUAAGGCAGGGGAAAAUGGCUGAAGGAAUUGUACAUCUGGAAAGAAUUGCAAAUUUGGAAGAGCCAGAGGAAAAAAGUUCCAAAGCCCAUUAUUAUGAUGGAUUGGUAUUGCUUUCAAGUGCUUUAUAUAAUGUAGGUCGCAAGGCCGAAGCUGUAAAGCAUCUGCGUUUAGCUGCUGCUUAUAAUCCCGAGUAUAAUGAACUACUGCAACAAUGUGAAAACGACGACGAUGAUUUUACAAGUGAUCUUAGCAGCAGCAGGAGAGGAGAUUACUAAUUUGUAAAGUGUACAAGACGAUGUUGUAAAGUCAUCUGCUCGAGGCCACCUACACAACAUAUUCAUAUCCCAUAAGUUUCCAGACUAUCAGGAUCGUAGAUUCCUGCAAUAAUUUCCCGUCUUGAUUGUUCAACUCAUGAUGAACAUUUCGGGGAGGUUUUGCUAUAAUAAGAGAAUAUUAGUCAAAUUAUUUCAUUUCUCAGUUUGUUUAUUGAAUUGUAUUAUAGAUUGAAAUAAGUUUUGACUAGUGCUUUGUAUAGCUGAUAGUGCUACUGAGGCACUCCAAAUUUUGGAUAGAUUAAAAUUAUUAAAACUGUUUCAUUUUUUGACUUCAAAAAAAGAGAGAGGAACUAUUUUAUAAGAAUAAUAAUUUAGAAUUGGGACGUUAUGUUUUGUAAUGAACUCCCUUCAACAUUAUGAU